ACCCCCGACAAAGGGAUCUGGGAACUCCGAGAGGCGCAGUGCGCUUGCGCACGGGGAGCCGGAAGUCAAGACCGAGACGGUGUUGUCUACGCUUCCGUUUCUGGUUCUGCUCCAGUGUUUGGGUUUUCUUCGCGGCCAAGAUGAACCGAUUCUUCGGGAAAGCGAAACCGAAGGCUCCGCCGCCCAACCUGACAGACUGCAUUGGCACGGUGGACAGCAGGGCAGAAUCCAUUGACAAGAAAAUUUCUCGACUGGAUGCUGAGCUAGUGAAGUAUAAGGAUCAGAUGAAGAAGAUGAGGGAGAGUCCUGCAAAGAAUAUGGUCAAGCAGAAAGCUUUGCGGGUUUUAAAGCAAAAGAGGAUGUAUGAGCAGCAGCGGGACAAUCUUGCCCAGCAGUCCUUUAACAUGGAACAAGCCAAUUACACCAUCCAGUCAUUGAAAGACACUAAGACCACGGUUGAAGCUAUGAAACUGGGAGUAAAGGAAAUGAAGAAAGCAUACAAGCACGUGAAAAUUGAUCAGAUUGAGGAUUUACAAGACCAGCUAGAGGAUAUGAUGGAAGAUGCAAGUGAAAUCCAAGAAGCACUGAGUCGUAGCUAUGGCACUCCAGAGAUAGAUGAAGAUGAUCUAGAAGCAGAGUUGGAUGCACUGGGUGAUGAACUUCUGGCUGAUGAAGACAGUUCUUACUUGGAUGAAGCAGCAUCUGCACCUGCAAUUCCAGAAGGUGUUCCCACUGACACAAAGAAUAAGGAUGGAGUCCUCGUGGAUGAAUUCGGAUUGCCACAAAUCCCUGCUUCAUAGACUUGCAUCGCUCAAGUACAUCUUGUAAAAUAAAUACAUAUUCUGGGACUA